AUGGAAUUCUUUCUUCAAUAUAUAUUUUUUUUUUGUUAAAUUUCUUUCAGUUACUCCCUAAUAUAACUAUAUAUAAUAUAAAAAUGAAAAAUAUGAGUGCUUCAAAAUUUUUCAACUAAUUUAUUUGCCGCCGUUCUGACGGAGCCUCUUAACCAUAAAAACGAACACCACCACUAAGGCGCUAACAAUCACUCAAAGUCUCAAAAGACAAACAACUAAAUUAGCAAUAUAUGAACCAAAAAACAUUCAGCAAAACACUUUUCUUGAAUUCACAGAAUCCUACAUUAGCAUGGCAGAUUUUCAAACGCAUAAUCUCCAACCCUUCACUUUCAUUUUCUCACCAAAAUUCUUUACCCAUUAUUACUCGCAUCUUAAUUCGGGCCAAAAUGUACCCUGAACUCGACACUCUUCAUCAGCAUCUUCUUAAACAGCCAUUUUCUCCAUCAAUCUUUUCAUUCAUUCAUAUUCUGGCGAAAAAUGGCCUCACGGAGAUGGCUAUUUCGCAGUUUCAAUCUACGCGUAAAGAGUUUCCUCAAAACCCUCCAUCUGUUUAUAUAUACAAUGUACUUCUUGAAUUGUCAAUUCGAGAAAAUAAGUUUGAUUGGGUUCCUUUGUUGUAUAAAGACAUGUUCUUAUCUGGGGUUUCUCCUGAAGUUUAUACUUUUAAUUUAUUGAUUAAGGGUUUGUGUGAUUUGGGUCAUUUAGAGGAUGCACGGAAGGUGUUUGAUAAAAUGCCUGAAAGAGGUGUUAAUCCGAAUGUGUUUAGUUAUGGGAUUUUGAUUCGUGGGUAUUGUAGGACAGGGCGUGCGAAUGAAGGGUUGUUGAUUUUAGAUGAAAUGAGAAAUUUUGGUUUGGUUCCUAAGGUUGUGUAUAAUACAUUGAUUUCGAGCUUUUGUAAGGAGGGUAAUGAUGUUGAAGCUGAGAGGUUAGUGGAAAUGAUGAGGAAGGAUGGUUUAGCUCCGGAUGUUGUCACAUUUAAUUCCAGGAUUACGGCUUUAUGUGCUGCAGGGAAGAUGCUAGAAGCUUCUCAAAUAUUCAGGGAUAUGCAGAUAGAUAAUGCACUUGGUUUGCCAAAAUCAAAUAUUGUCACAUUCAAUGUAAUGCUCAAAGGGUACUGCAGGAACGGGAUGCUUGAGGAAGCUGAAGCUUUGGUUGAUACGAUGAAGAAAAACAACCUUUUGAUGACGCUGGAGAGCUAUAAUAUAUGGUUAAUGGGUUUAGUGAGGAAAGGGAGGCUGUUAGAAGCGCAACUAGUUCUCAAAGAGAUGGUAGACAAGGGAAUUGAUCCUAAUAUUUACUCAUAUAACAUUGUGAUAGAUGGAUUAUGCAAGAAUAAUAUGCUGUCUGAUGCAAAAAUGAUGAUUGACAUAAUGAAAAAUGGUGACACACAACCUGACACAGUAACCUAUAGCUCCUUGCUGCAUGGAUAUUGUAGAAGAGGGAUCGUUUCAGAAGCAAAUAAUGUUUUAAAUGAAAUGAUGACCGCGGGAUGUUUCCCGAACUUAUAUUCCUGCAAUAUUUUGCUCCAUAGUUUGUGGAGACAAGGAAAAGUAUCGGAAGCAGAGUGCUUGCUUCAAAAGAUGAAUGAGAAAGGCUAUGAAUUGGACACUGUAACAUGUAAUAUAGUGAUUCGUGGUCUCUGCAGAAGCGGAAAGUUGGAUAAAGCCAUUGAAAUUGUUGAUGCGAUGUGGAGUCAAGGAAAGGCUGCUCUUGCUAAUCUAGGGAACCUGUAUGAAGGUGUGUCGGAUGAUGGUGAUGAUAGGAAGAAAUGCGUUCCAGAUGUGAUCACUUAUUCAAUCAUAGUUAAAGAGCUAUCUGAAGCUGGAAGGCUGGAAGAUGCUAAAAAGAAGCUAAUUGAGAUGGUAGGUAAAAAUCUUUAUCCCGAUUCUAUGAUUUACAAUACUUUUGUACGCUGUUACUGUAAAAUUGGGAAGAUAUCAUCUGCAUUUCGGGUUUUGAAGGACAUGGAGAAAAGGGGCCUUGACAAGAAUCUACAAACUUAUAAUUCCUUGAUUACUGAGUUUGGUUUUAAGAAUCAAAUAUUUGAAAUGUCUGGCCUUAUAAAUGAAAUGGAAGAACGAGGGAUCGCUCCAAACGUAUACACUUAUAAUACUGUACUUAAAUCACUUUGUGACACUGGCCAAACGAAUGAUGCUUUGUCUCUCUUAAAUGAAAUGUUACGUAAGGGUGUAGCGCCCAACAUUCAGUCUUUCCGAGUGCUAAUUAAGGCCUUCUGCAGAGAAGGUGAAUUUAGAGCUGCACAAGAGGUUUUUGAAAUUGCCCUUGGUGCUUGUGGACAUAGGGAAGCACUCUACAGUUCUACUUUUAAUGAGUUGCUUGAUGCAGGAGAAAUUAUUGAAGGUUGUGAAUUGUUUGAAGUUGCAACAGACCUGUGCUUUUAUAUAGGAAACUUCAAUUACAAUGAAUUGAUGAACCAAUUGUGCAACCAUGAAAAGUUGGAUGAGGCUACUCAUAUUCUUCACAAAUUGAUUAAUAAAGAUUACAACUUUGAUCCUGCAGCUUUCAUGCCAGUGAUUGAUUUGUUACGUAAACUAGGGAAAAAACAUGAAGCAGAUGAACUUUCGGAGAGGAUGUUGAUCUUGUCGGAGGGCGGAGGGAUUACAAAUAAAGUUCGUCUGAAUAAUAAUGUAAAAUUCAAGAAGAAAAGCGAAGGAACUUGGAGGAAUAUAGUACACAGAGAGGACGGUAGUGGAAUCGCACUACAAGCUCUUAAAAGGGUAGAGAAAGGAUGGGGUCAAGGAAACCUAUACAAUCUGCCAUCUUCAAAAAUUAGAGCAAGUGAUUAUUGGGAGGAUCUAGCUUGACUCUUGUUUGAACAAUUAUAGUAUAAAAUGGAGUUCAUGUUCUCACAAAGGCUGACACAAUAUGUAUGACUUUCAUUUCCAAAAUAUUAGAAUCAUCUACAUGAAUUAAUAUAUCAGUUCUAUUGGUCGUCCACAUAGAUUCUUCUUCCCUAUUCAACACAAUUUUCUACCGUCUCAAUAUACAAUUUUUUGGCAACAUGAUAGCUUGCAUUAUUUCAUCGAACUCCCAAUAUUUCUUUGUAAGGGUUUUCAGUGCCCACUUGCUACGCAUAUACAUUUGGGGAAAGUGUAGCUAUUAAAAAAACGGAUAAUAUUCUAUUGUGCUGCAUAAUUGAUUUUUGAUUAAUUUAUUCUUCCUAAGCAGAGGCAGGCUAAUGUGGGACAUGGAUAGACCUAUUAACAUGGAGCAUUUUGCUAUGGUUUUAAUUUUUUAUUUUAGAUUAAAAAAAAACAAGUUUGGAAAACAACCGAUAGCUGAUUACAAUGACUGAUUUGACCAACUGAUUUUAUUAAAUGGUUUGUCUAACUGAUUUUGAACCCGCUGCUAUGAGCAACUUGUUCAAUAACAGUUUAUUUAUAUUAAUGAGUUAUUUCAACCAGCUAGUCUUCCAAACAUUAGAAUUGACUGGUUUGACCACUUAACCCUCCAUUUAUAUUAAAAUAAGCUAAAAUUUCUCAAUAAGUCAUUUUGCUAAACACACCUAUAUACUAGCUCAUAAUGAAACUUGGUGAUUUUAGGGUGGGCUAAUCUGGCCCGACCUUGAUUUACUGUAAAAUGCCUACU